UUUUAGUCCAAGUUCAACAAAUCGCUAUAUCCAAAACCAUGAAGACUGUAUACUUCGUCGUCUUACUGCUCGUUGCACUGACCUAUUUCACCACUAUUGAAGCUUCUGCUAUUCCACACUGCAGCCCGUGGAGAUGCCAACAAGAAUGUCUUUUUAAGAACUUCAUGAAAGGAGAAUGCAUUCAACUCCAAUGCGUAUGUAGUCAGAAAAUUGGAGGCAUCCGGCCAUAACUGUUGCAAAGAGUUUAUUCAUUACAACAUUAAGCAAUAAUUUAAUUUCAUCAAAGAAUAUUUUGUAAUUAAUGUUUACUUUCUAAAUAAAAUGAAUCUGACAAUUUAA